AUGAAGGUCGCUGCAAUCUUUUUGGCUUCUUGUGUCCCUCACCCUCUGAUCACAUGGUAACAACAUGAAGAACCAAAGGUUGCACCAAUAGAAGAACCAAAGGUUGCACCAAUGAAGGAACCAGAGUAUUGUCGUUGGAAACAAGCGUUUAAUGGAACAUGCUCAUAAAGAGGCAGUCCACGAACCAUUUGUUUCUUUGACUUUGGUGCACGAAGUGCAAGAGAAAGGCCUAAGAACUGCGAUUGUACUCCUCAGCGUCUUUGUGAAUGUUCAGUUGUUUGCAAUAAAUAACACCUACUAAUAUGAUGUUAUUUACUUAAAAUUUAGGCUCCAAUAAUAUCGUAGAUCUCAUAUACAUACAGGGCCGGUCCUACAAUAUAUGUGGCCUAAAGCAUAAUUGGAUUUGAAAAAAAAAAAAAAAUUAAAAACAUCACCCAUAGAGACUCAAACCUGAGAUAAAUUACUUUUCCAGUAAAGGUUUUGUCACUGGACUAUUGAGACUUUUAAGAAAUGUGGCCUCAUUUUUUUAAUUUAUAAUUUGUGGUCUAAAGCAAAGGCUUUAGCUGCCUUAUGGACGGGUCGGGCCUGUAUACAUAUGUUUAAUUAUUUCCGAGAUCAUUCCCGCAACCACUUUGUUUUACCUCAAAAAUAAUUCGCAGUUUUUUUCUGAAACUAUUUCUCGUGAACAUUCUGUUUUUACCUCAGAAACUGAAUAUUGAGAUUUGGGUGCACAAGGUAACAAAAGCUUGUUGUCAGAGGUGAAACAUAAAUUGACUAAAAUGUGUAGAACCUUGUAGCAAGCAUUCAAAUACUUUAAUUUCUCUUGAUCAGUGAUUCCUUAAAAUUUGUAAGUUACACAUUUUGCAAGUUUGUUUA